AUGGCGCUGCGCGGGCUGCGGGGGCUGUGCGGGCCGCGAAGGCUGCAGUUCGUGCCCCAGAGGGGCAUAGAGGAGCUGUGGAAAAACAGCUUCCUGGACAACGCACCUAUGAAAACGAAGCUGGAAAGCAGCAAAACGGGAGACGCCUGGCCAUGCGUGCUCUUAAGGAAGAAGAGCUUCGACGACCUUCAUAAGCUCUACUACGUAUGUCUGAAGGAAAAAAACAAGCUACUAGGAGAGCAGAACUUCCACCUGCAAAACAACAGCAAAAUGAUACAGCCGGGCCGACUAAAGAAGGUGAAACUUACCAUGAAAAGGAUCUUAACUGUCUUAUCUCGAAGAGCCAUUCAUGAGCAGUGCAUUCGAGCCAAGGAGAUAUUAAAGAAACAACAAGAGAGGGAACUUUUAGAGACGAAGAAGUUCCAACUGGAAGAACAGCUACUGUACUUGAGGCGCAAAAUGAAUAUGCUAAAGGGUAGCUGCUCCGUGGAAAAGAACUCUCUUCGACUGUCAAUUAGCAAAAUUCAGAACAGCAUAGACCAGCUGUCGAUUGUUUUAAAUCCUCUUAAAAAAGACACCAUGCAUUUGCUCAUUCCUAAUUUUAAGUACCAACGCAAGUACUCGGAUCUGCCCGGGUUCAUUUCGUGGAAGAAGCAGAACGUCGUGGCUCUCCGCAACAACAUGUCCAGGCUCCGCCGCUUCUACUGA